AUGUACUUCUUCCUCCUCAACCUCGCCCUCCUUGACCUGGGCUGCAUCUCCACCACUGUGCCCAAAUCCAUGGCCAAUUCCAUGUGGGACACCAGGGUCAUCUCUUACACAGGAUGUGUUCUCCAGCUCUUCUUCCUAAUAUUCCUUGUUGAUGCUGAGUUUUGUCUUCUCAUAGUCAUGGCCUAUGACCGCUACAUUGCCAUCUGCAGACCCCUGCACUAUGAGACCAUCCUGGGCAGCAGAGCUUGUGCCCACAUGGCAGCAGCUGCCUGGGCCAGUGGCUUUCUCAAUGCUCUGCUGCACACAGCCAAUACAUUUUCCCUGCCCCUCUGCCAGGGCAAUGCUGUGCACCAGUUCUUCUGUGAGAUCCCUCAGAUCCUCAAGCUCUCCUGCUCCACAGCCUACCUCAGGGAGGUUUGGCUUCUGGUGCCCAGUGCCUGUGUAGUCUUUGGCUGCUUUGUGUUCAUUGUGGUGUCCUAUGUGCAGAUCUUCAGGGCAGUGCUGAGGAUGCCCUCUGAGCAGGGAUGCCACAAAGCCUUUGCCACCUGCCUCCCUCACCUGGCUGUGCUUGCCCUGUUUGUCAGCACUUGCAUGUUUGCCUACCUGAAGCCCCCCUCCAUCUCCUCCCCAUCCCUGGAUCUGGUGGUGUCAGUUCUGUACUCAGUGGUGCCUCCAGCAGUGAACCCUCUCAUCUACAGCCUGAGGAACCAGGAGCUCAAGGAUGCCCUGAGAAAACUGUUUGGACAUUUUUAA